AUGGCGAACAAGUACGGCUUCUGCCACAUGGGGCUGGGCCAGCUGCUGUGGCAGAAGGCCCAACAAGGCACCCGGCAGGGCCCGAAGAUUCAUGACGUCAUGCUGCAGGGGCUCCUGGUGCCCACAGUGAGAGGGUGUCAUAUCCUUGAUAUGAUCAGUGACCACAUGCUGUCCUGCCUGGACAGCCGGGGCUUCCUCAUUGACGGCUUCCCCCGGGAGCUGAGGCAAGCCAAGGAGUUUGAGCACAUUGUGGGCCAGGCCCCCAACUUCGUCAUCGUGUUUGACUGCUCCAUGGAGACAAUGGUCCGGAGAGCGCUGCACCGGGGCCAGGUGGAGUGCCGGGCCUCUGACUGCAAGUCGGCCAUCUGCCAGCGCCUGGAGAUGCAUUACACCCUGUGUGAGCCCACCCUGGCCUUUUACCAGCAGAAGAACCUGCUCCGAAACUAA